AUGCGGGAGGGGAGCGCGGGCGGCCGCGGCGCCGAGAACCGCACGGGCCCCGAGCCCCCGCUGCACCUCUUCCCCGCGCCCGUCCUCACCGGCAUCACCGUGGCCUGCGUCCUCCUCUUCGUCAUCGGCAUCGUCGGCAACCUCAUGACCAUGCUGGUGGUGUCGCGGUUCCGGGACAUGCGGACCACCACCAACUUCUACCUGUCCAGCAUGGCCUUCUCCGACCUGCUCAUCUUCCUCUGCAUGCCCCUGGACCUCUUCCGCCUCUGGCAGUACCGGCCCUGGAACUUGGGGAACCUCCUCUGCAAGCUCUUCCAGUUCGUCAGCGAGAGCUGCACCUACUCUACCAUCCUCAACAUCACCGCGCUCAGCGUGGAGCGGUACGUAGCCAUCUGCUUCCCCCUCCGAGCUAAGGUGUUCAUCACCAAAGGGAAGGUGAAGCUGGUCAUCCUCUUCCUCUGGGCUGUCUCCUUCGUUAGCGCUGGACCCAUCUUUGUCUUGGUUGGGGUCGAGCACGAGAACGGCACCAACCCGUUGAGCACCAACGAGUGCCGGGCCACGGAGUACGCCAUCCGGUCGGGACUUCUCACCAUCAUGGUCUGGACCUCCAGCAUCUUCUUUUUCCUGCCCGUGUUUUGCCUGACUGUGCUGUACAGCCUGAUCGGGAGGAAGCUCUGGAGGAGAAAGAGGAAGAACAUGGGUCCAAACACUGCCAUCAGGGAUCAGAACAACAAGCAAACUGUGAAGAUGUUAGUUGUGGUGGUAUUUGCUUUCAUACUCUGCUGGUUGCCUUUUCACGUAGGACGAUACUUAUUUUCCAAGUCCUUCGAAGCGGGCUCCUUGGAGAUAGCCGUGAUCAGCCAGUACUGCAACCUGGUGUCCUUCGUGCUCUUCUACCUUAGCGCGGCCAUCAACCCCAUUCUCUACAACAUCAUGUCCAGGAAGUACCGGCUCGCCGCUUGCCGGCUCUUUGGGCUGAAGCCGCUUCCGAAGAAAAGACUCUCCAGCACGAAGCCGGGAAGUUCCCGCGCUUGGGCAGAGCCGAGCGUCGGCAGCUGA